UUUUGUCUAUUGAUUCGUCGCUGCCCCACCGACUGAUGUGAAAAUUUUCUUUAAAAAUUACAAAUGUGAUAAUAUUUCAUGAUUAUUAGACAAAAACCGAAUAAAACAGGACUAAUAAAAUAUCAAUAAGUAGGUUUCUUAUUUGAUAAUUUUUAAAAAGCGAGAGCUAUGCAGUUUUAGUUUUCAUCUUUCGCUGAUCGUCAAAUAGCUUUCGAUCGUAUUUUCGCACGUCCUAUUACAAACAAUUACGAGUUUUUACAGCGAAUUAGUUAUUCUCAGUAGCCGUGGUGGUGUCGGAAGUGUAAAAGUGUAGUGGUGCAGUGUGGUGCAGUGCAGUGGUGUCGGUCGCAAUGUAUCAGUGAGGACGGCGAGUGCCGAGUAAGGGUUCCCGGGUGUCAUGUUGGAGACGCGGUCGGUGCGCGCCGCUGACUCGGUGUGGGCGAACAAGCCGCUGCCGGCGCCUCACGCUAUGGCCAACUCCAGGCACGGGAAGAACGCCCAGGACGAUGUGUGCUACGUGGUCGCGAAGUACGACUACGCGGCGCAGGGCGCGCAGGAGCUGGACCUGCGCAAGAACGAGCGCUACCUGCUGCUCGACGACUCCAAGCACUGGUGGCGCGUGCAGAACGCGCGCAGUCAGUCCGGCUACGUGCCCAGCAACUACGUCAAGAAGGAGAAGCCCUCGCUGUUCGACAGCAUCAAAAAGAAAGUGAAAAAGGGGUCCGGGUCGAAGACGCUGCCGUCCAACAGCUCUCCAGUACGCGCGGCGGGGCCGGGCGGCGGGGCGGGGCCGGGGGCGGGCGGGGACUCGCCGGGCGGGCGGCGCGCGGAGCCCACCGAGGCGCUGGGCACGGCGGUCGUCAAGUACAACUACCAGGCCCAGCAGCCCGAUGAGCUGUCGCUGACGAAGGGCACGCGCAUCCUCAUACUCGAGAAGAGCAAUGACGGCUGGUGGCGCGGCCAGUACCAGUCGCAUACGGGAUGGUUUCCUUCGAAUUAUACGAGCGAAGAGGGCGACAACGAGGACACCGUUCACACCUACGCCAUGGCGGAGAACGUCCUGGAUAUCGUCGUGGCGCUGUACUCGUUCACGUCCAACAACGAGCAGGAGCUGUCGUUCGAGAAAGGCGACCGGCUGGAGAUCAUCGAGCGGCCGCCGUCCGACCCCGAGUGGUUCCGAGCGCGCGACAGCCGCGGCCACAUCGGGCUCGUGCCGCGCAACUACCUGCAGGAGCUCGCCGACUACCUCACGCAGCCCUACAGCGAGGCGGGCGAGGGCGGCGCGGCGGCGGGGGCGGGGCCGGGGGCGGGCGCGGGGGCGGCGGGGCGCGCGUGGUACUUCGGCGCCAUCACGCGCACGCACUGCGACGCGCUGCUCAACCAGCACGGCCACGACGGGGACUUCCUCAUACGGGACUCCGAGACCAACGUGGGUGACUUCUCGGUAUCGCUGAAGGCGCCGGGCCGCAACAAGCACUUCCGAGUGCAGGUGGAGGGCAACCUGUACUGCAUCGGGCAGCGCAAGUUCAAUACGCUAGACCAGCUGGUGGCGCACUACCAGCGUGCGCCCAUCUACACCAACAAGCAGGGCGAAAAGCUUUACCUCGUGCGUCCUCUGCCGCGCGCCGCGCAGAACUGCUGAGCGACCUCCGCGCUCCACCUUAUAUACCCCCACGCACUCCUACAUGACUCUUUCGUUGCUCCGAACACUGGCGACGGAGAUACGUCCGCCGCCGACGUAUGUUCCUGACACUCGGGCGAAUGAGUCUACAGUGUGCGACUAGCUUUACUUCUGUAUCGUUGCGGCAUUGCUCCUCGGAUGGAGGAUCGUAUAUGGUCGUCGAUCGCUAACUGUCGUAUUAAAAAUUAUAUAAAUACGGUAGAAGAAACCUAAAAAUACCUCACUAUGACAUAGGCCUUAUUAUAUCUAUUGACGCGACAAAAUUAAGUCAUCGAUUUCAAUUUAUUUAUAUAUAUUUCAAAUUGUAAAUAAACUUCUGUUAGUUAAGUAAGUUUUUCUAAAAAUCCGAUAAAAAUAUUGUAAAACAGCAAAUUGCGAAAGUUAACAAUCGACGUAGCAUAAUUUUUAUUAAUUUUUUUUUUUUAAAAAACGAAGAAAUAAUUAAGGCCUAAUAAUUUCAGGACUUAAAUAUUGGUUAAACAUUCUUUAAAAAAAAGUUGUUAACUUUUUAACCAAGAAAUGCCGCAUCGAAUCAAAAUAUAAAAUAAAACGCAACUAGACAUAGGGGUAACUAAUAUACUCAUUGAUCCUAAAUUAACUCCAUACAAUACAAUUACUCCAGUAAACCAAAUCUAAUUGGGUUUAGGAAAAAUUAAUUUAGAUGCAGCGCACAUGUAGUGCUGUAAAGCUUAAACAUGUUACUUUGAACAACGCUUGUAUGAUACAUUUGAUUCCUUGUCGAUGAAUUCAUUUUUUUUUUACAGUUUUAAAUUAAUCUUUUUGAGUUUUUAAUUAUAAAGAUGUUACAAUGACUUGCAUAUCAAUAUGAAAUUAAGUUUUAUAUGCUUAUCACGUUGUAAUUGUUUUUAACACUCAAAAUAAAAAUGAUACGAGUUUCUUGUCUGACAUUAAAACACCCACUUUAUUAACUAAUUCAUUUUAGAGAGAUCACUGUUAUUUCUAUAUAUAUUUCUUGGCCGUUACCCAAAUGACUACAGGUUACUAUGUUUCUAUCUGAUGACUAAUUUGACCAUUUGACGCUAAUUAUUAACUUUUGUACAGUUUGUGUUUAAAUGUUUGUUUGUCGACAAUUUGUCUAAUGAUUCGCACCCAAGUGUUGUCAGAUGUUUUACAUAUAGAAUUUCCGAGGGGCUUGUACAUCCGGUCCCCUCGAUAAUUAUAUAGAUUUAUAUAGCGUUGAUACAACGCCCAAAUAUUAUAAUUAUUACAAUAAACCAAAAAUAAGCUGCUUUUUCAUUUUCUAUUAUAAAUAAAUGUAAGAGCGAAAUAUUAUUUGGUAAGUAAUGUCGUGUAAUUAUUAAAUGAUUUUUUUUAUAUUUAUAUAUAUAGAUAAGCAGCGUUUUUUGUAAUGUACUCAUAGUUCCAUAGAUAGGCUGCGUACACAUUGGACGAUUUGUAUUAAUAUAACCAACCAGAGUGUGUAUACAGAUUUAAUGUUAUCUGUAUGUGAAGCGAGUUCGCUUGCGUCUCUCCUGGAGUUAUCGUCAUUCUUAUCAAAUGUUUUACUUUAGUGUAGACAGACAUAUAAGAGAUUAGAGAAUACGAGUAAAAUAAUUGAUUUAUUUAUUGAUUA